CUGCCCGGAAGACACACGCCAGCGGACAGGAGUGCUGUGAGUGCGGCUCUCUGCAGUGAAAUCAACUAUGUUUUAGGUUUCACCAAUAUUUACCGCUGUUUUCACCACCUGGACUCAUGAUCCUGACCAAGAAAGUACACAAAACGAGACCGAGCAUCAAGCACAGCUAGAGUUUCACCCGCAAGCCAAACUUCAGCUCUGACUGACUCGGACUGCUAGCAGGGGACUUUCCGGCCGGUUAACACCUGGAGAUGGACCGAUACAGGUACUUCAUUUUCAACCAGAAGAGCGUGCUGGUCUUCGGGAUCCUCCAGAUGGCUUGUGCUGGUCUUUGUGUGGUGUGUGGGUUCAUGGACGCUGUUUUCCGCAAGGAUACCCCGCUGAGUACCACCAGGACACCGGUGUGGGGAGGACUGAUCAUGGCCUCUCCAGGUGUUGUGGCGCUGUUUGCCUCCCAGAGGAAAAACUCGGUGCUGGUGAGUGUGAUGGUGGUAGCAGCAGGACUCUCCUGUGUGGCUGCAGUGUUUAUAUCAGGUUACUCGUGUCUGACACUCACCUACGGAGAGGAGGAUGAAGAGGUGUUCCACCACCACGACAGUCCUCAAGUGACGUUUGUGCUUCAUCGGAUGGUGAAGGGGGCCAACGCCACCAUACUGCUGACCUGCACCAUCAGCCUGGCUCUCUCCUGCCUCAUCGCCUACACGGGCUGCCGUAGUCUUCCAUGCUGUGGCUGCUACGAUGCCAGAACUGGACUGGAAACACUGGUGCCUCAGUGUGACCCCGGGGACACUGAGAUGGUUUGUACUUGGCAAGCAGGUGGAGACGACCGGCUCUUCAACUCUCCCGCUCAGCCCGCUGACCAGGGCACUGCUGAGGAAGAGGAGCGUCCCUCCAAACUGCCUCCAUACAGCAGACUGACUUGACACACGUCCUGCUCCUCCGCGGGCCUGUUGUUCUCCAUUCCAGAGACGAGGGGACAAUCAUGGAUUAUAUUUCCUUAAAAUUGUGCCUACACAUGUUUUAUUCUACUGUUUGCGGAUGGACGGAGAAAAGCAACCUCAAGACUCAACUGAAGCUGAAGAUGUCAGGUUGGAAAGUUUGAGAGAUGAGUUGUUUUUGCUCUUGAUUAGACAAGCACUUUGGACAGCGGCUGCGUCUUCAUUUGCUCUUUGACCAAAGAUUUCAGCCUUGCCAAAGAUGAAUGCCUGCAUAGUGUGUGAGGCGUGAAGACUGAAAUGCCUCAUCCCCUGUAUGUUGUGUGAAAGUGAGUUGUGUUCUCGAGAUAUCGAUUCAUUUUAAAAUGUAUUUAAAUAAAUAAAACCUGACUGA